AUGGACCACGAUACUAAGUACCAUUUCAACUUCUUUGCUGUGAACAUCAAUGAGGAGCUAGGUGCAUUGUACGGGCCAGUGCUGGAGCGGCAGACAGAAUUUGUCACCUUCUCCAUACAGCACAUCUUGAAACUGUAUGAAGACUCUCCAAGAAAGCCCAAGUCUGUUGUGUUAAUCGGUCACUCCAUGUGCUACACAGCUAUUUUCCUGUGGGAGGGAUGGUGGCAAGAGCAGCACACGUCACAAAGAACAUCUCCGCAUCCACUGCUCCGCUCAUCAUUACACAGGCAACUCCACACACGAGACCUGUCAUUGUCACUGAUCCUUUCGAUUGAGGAUUUCUAUGACAAGGUAAACUCCUACUGGACAAUGGAGCGCAUGUUUGACCUGAAGGACUUGGUGUUAGUGACUGUAGGAGGUGGCAGGAACGAUGUGCAAGUCUCCACAGCCCAUAUAAAUACCCCGUUGGCAGACAUUGCUACGACUACGACAAAUAUCCCAUCCUGUUGGCUAACAGCAGAUCACCAGGCUAUUGUUUGGUGCCACCAGCUGGUCAUGCCGAUAAUGAGGUCAUUGUUUGACAUUGUUGAUCCCAAGACUCUCCAGAUCACUACAGACAGACAGAGGAUCAUAAAUGUAUUUGAUUAUCAUCUGUCCAAGAGAAUCACAGGCAAGCGCUACAAAGGGACGUGGCACUCCCCAACCAUAGAGUUUGACAUAGAGGCCGACUGGAAGGAGAUCCUGAGGCGGCAGCACACCCACACGGCCCAGGAAAACCCACGGCCCAUGUACCUCAUGAUCCCCCUACACCCAGGCCACCAUCUCUACCAGAAAGCCAUGAUCGUGGCCACCAAUCUAGACAAAAAAGACUGGAUCAUGGCCUGCCAGGCUAAUCAUGUGCAUAAGAACACCAGGAUGUGUCUGAACGGGGAAAACUUGUCACACAUGACCAGGCGUUUGCUUGGAAAAGUCAAGGCAGUUGAACUGGACCUCACAACACUGAGUAAUGCUGGUCACUCACAUGUCGUAGUGUAUCUUCCUCCAACUGAUGAGAAGGUGGAAGUGUCAGUAGAUGUCCAUGGGGAAGGUGGCAGGCAGAAAGACUUUGAGGUCCCGGCUUUCAUCAAGUCUUUUACGCAAACAUUGAUUGUGGACACAACGCCUCAACGAGCCCUGUCCUAUAAUGUGUCCCUUCAAGGGCUGCAUGAACCUUGGCAGUCCUUCAAGUUCACACUUCGUCCUCGGUCAGCGUCUUGUGUGAAUCAUAGUGUAAUUCAGGCAAAGAUCUUUGUGCCUUGGGCUCAGAAGGAGUCUGUUUUACAGAACAGUGAUCCUGUAAAGUCAUUCUACGCAGAAGUAGAUGUCUUACCCCCGGCAGAUCGGAACUUCUCAUCAGCAAGCAUCCAGUUCGUCCUUGACCCAGACUGCAGCUAUUCCAUUGUAGUUCAAGGCAACCUUUUGGGAAUUUUCCGUCGCAUCGUUUCACAGUUUGGGCAACAAGUGCCGACUUACAUUGCAGUUCACUUGCUUCUUACACUAGCCAGACAACUACAGACACUUGGGGAUGAAGGUUAUUGCCCUACACUGUUCUCAGCCAUGCUAACUCUCACUCCUCUGGCAGUUAUUCCCUUUGUCAAGGUCAUGAACAUGGUGCUGAAGAACAUGGAUGUGUACGACGACUUCAGCAUUAUGGAAGAGAGCGGGCAGCAACUGGCAGUCCUCCCAAUCCUUUUCUUUCUGGGAACCCUACCUCUCUCUCUGGCACUUGGGAGUCUGGCUUGGGGAUUCAUCCUGUUCUUUGGAAACAGCGCUCAUUUUGUUGUCACCAAAGUAUUGGGACGUAGCUUAGGAGGAGGUGAUAUGAUUGCAGAUUUGGCAAUGUCGGGAUUGUCGCGAGUGCCCGUGUUGCUAGGCGUGGCUCUCAUCUCCUUGGCUUAUUCUACUUGCGGGACUUUGGCACUAUGUCUGGCCGGCUUUUUUUAUUUCAUCAAGGUGUUUAAGCUGUAUGAAGACUUCAUCGAGAAGAUUGUCGUGGGGCUGAUUCCGGGCACAUCUGAGAACAGGUCAAAGACAGACAAGGCCCUCUCGCAGCUUAAUUUCCACACGACUCUCAUGAUGAUGAUCUUCCUUGUGAGUGCUCUCAAUGCUCCUGCUUUCAUUGUGUGGGGCAAGCUGCUAAGUCAUAACUUACAGUUGGUGCAAGAUCCAAGCCUUUAUGUAGCAGUGACUGUCUUGAUAGGCCUCUGCUUCCUCUGGCAAAAGAAAGUUCCACAAUGUGAUAAGAGAUUCUACAAGCAACUGGGUUAUUUGGUACACUCCUUAGCUGUGUUGACCCUCCUGUAUGGCAGCGUGAAUUUGUACCGCGUGUCCUACAUCCUAUCAGCAGCUGUAAUCCUUGUCGUGGCUCAUCAACUCGUGGCUCCAAGGAAACCGCCCCAGAGGGAGGGCCAGGAGGACGAAAGCCCAAGUGAAAGAAGCCGUCCUUUCAUGGCACAGGUUGAUGAGUCAGAAUCCGACGGCACCAAUUCUGGCAGCAUUACCUCAGACAAUGACUCUGGGCCAAACCAGAGGAUUAUUUGAGAAGGAGAAGAAGAAGAGAAGAAAAAGACAGGGGAGGGAAAUAAGACAUAGAUGAUACAGUAAUCAAAUGACUCUUGUCGUGUGGUUUUGCCCUGUAGGGGACACUUUUUGAGGCAAGGAGGAGCGGUCAGUAACUAGAAACAAUGGGUAAAUUUUUAUUAAUAGUCAGAUGACAUAGUUACUUCGACCAUGAAUCUGGAUGCGCAUGUAAAUGGAGCACAUGCCUGUGUGUUUCAAGAUUGCCAUCCUUUUCACUGGCUCCCUUAAUCCUGUAAUAAGAGUCUGCCUCUGGUCCUGCCUCCAUUGACAAGGUGAUGUGAUGGUCAGUUUUAGGUUAAAAUUGGUAAAGAACCUCACCCUCACAGGCUAGUCCAGUUUGGCCAGUAUUCAAGACUGGCAUAAAACUUGUCAUAUUUGUUGAAGAAGAACAGUAAGCACCCAUGUCAUGUUCACGAGAGCUGCAUCUAGAAAUAUUUUCUUUAUCCUCAUAGAAAUUGCAUCUUAGGCAGGUAUGAUGAUGUCACAAUGUACUAGUUAAUCACUGCUCAUACUAGAAGAGUAAUAUAUGAUGUAUGCUUAGGGUUUCAUUGUUAUCAUCUCAUAUGCAUGUGAUUUCAGAUGUCCAUUCAUACUGUUGUAUAAAUCUGGAAUAGCUGUAACUGUGUGGUACGGAAUUCAUGAAAUACUUGUGCAAUUUGUGUUGGAAAUGAUGACUGUCAUGACUGGAAUUCUCCUGUUAUAAUUACCUCUUGGAUAUGUUUAUCCAAUUGUUUUUUUUUAAUUUUUAUUUCUUUAUUAUUAUUUUACUAUCAAGUAUUGUGAUAAGUGUUUGUACUUUUCCUUUUGUGGGCAGCUUUUGAAGAUAGUUAUCCGUGAUGAUAUUUUCCUUCUUUUCUUUCUCUCUCUGUGGAUAAUGUAAUGUGUCAAAAGAAAAAAGAAAAGAAAAAAAUUCUGCCCUGGAAUCAAACCAAUCUGCAUAAAUAAUCUCUGAGCAAAAAGUGUCAAAAGUGGGAUGAAUUGUUAAUUGAUCAAAUUAUAUUGAAGUAUAUCUACACUUAGAUUGUUAUUUUUUGAGAGAAAUCUUAAUACAUGAAUGUCUGUUUUUAAGAAUAUAAUGGAAGAUUCUAAUCACAACUUGCUUUUUAAAAAUUAUUAACACAUACUAAUGAUAUAUAAGAAUUUAUGUUUGCAAUUUACAUUGAUAUUGAUUUUAUAUGACAGUCCUGUAACAAUUGGACUUCAGUAGGCACAGACUAGAUAAUCAAAUUUUGCUGAUGGUAAAUGUCAUGAAGCUGACUUACAAAUGUUGUUAUACUGCAUUCCAAAUAAAAAUGUUAAAAAAUCA